GUCCUGCGGCGCAGGCUUUGGCAGAGUUCUGCUGGAGUGCCGCUGGUGCUGGAGUAAGAUGUAAAGAAAUGAACGGGAGCAAGCAGGGAGAGAGGCGACAUCUUCUUGUGCAGGGCUCAACCGUUGUAAACGCGUUGCUAUCUACAGCCCUAAGUGCGAUCCUUUCCGCCUGCCGUCCGCUUACCGGGACGGGAGAUCCGGCUCAAGGCCAAGCUCAGAGCUCGCGUACGUUUUUUCAAAUCCUGGUGUUUUAGGCUUUUACUCUCCUCGCCCUCCCCCCCAACCCCCUUUUCCUAUUUCGCUUACCCUCCGGUUUUGGAGGGUUAAUGGUUUUCUGUCAUUUUUCCUUAUCCUCAUCACUUUAAGUUCUCUUUGAAAACGAACUUGAUCUGGAGAUAAAUCUGUUUUUCCUUGUAGCUAACCUUCUUUCCCUCAUAGGUUCUCAAAGUCUAAUGCAGUUCCUCUGUGGGGCUCACCCCUUCCCCUCUUCCGCUCCCUCCGCAGCCCCAGCCUCCCUGCAGGAUCCUCCCGCGUCUCUGCAGCCUUUCAGUAUCCUGGAAACCGAGACUGCAAAGAAUUUCAGCUGCUGUUGAAGUUCUUGGCAUCACGGUCCUAAGAGAAUUCUGCCCUGUAGAUUUAGAGUUGAUAAUAGACGUUUCUUUGUUUUAGGCGAACUGUGAAUUUGGUGAGCAUUUUUUCCUUCUUGUAAUUAAACUUAAGCGGAAACAAUUGAAGAGCUGGAAUGCCUGGUGUGAGGCUGAGUUCUUUGGAGUGUGGAAGAAAAUAUUUUUGGGAAGGAAUAAUACAGUUGCUUUUGAAUGACCCAGUGAGAAAAGUCUGUUAUCAUUUGAAGUCCACAAUUUAUGCACUUAAAAUGCAAGUGUUCCUACCCUGUUCUGUACCACAUGUCUCUUAAAUACUUUUUUAAGUCUUAGCAUACCAAACCACUUUAUAAAUAAUUUUUGCUGGACAAUGGAAGUUCAAAAAUAACUUCUGGGUGUUGUCUUAAAGCACAAUUUGAUUAUUAUAGGUUUUUCUUUUUUCUUUUUCCCCUUUCUUUUGGGAGUAGAGUAAAUGUAAAUGGGGCUUGUGUAAACGUGCAUCCUUCUGUUUUGGUUUAAGUUCUAGGUUGUUACUUUGAUUUUAAUUAGUCAUUUUGGUGUUUAAAUGAAUUUGCCUAAAUUUGGUUUAACUAAAAAGAAAAAAAAAAUUUUUUUAAUUUUAGAGGCAGGGUAAGGGCAGGGGAGUGAAAACCAAGAGAUGAUUUUAGAAGUUGUCAAUGAGAAGGAAUGUCUAGUUCUCAUAUUUCCAGCGUAAGAAGUUCAAAUUUAUACUUUUACUCAUGUAUGCUCAGACUUCAGGAACUCAAUUCAGACUUAACUAAAAGAAUGAUGUACCCAUCAGAAUGUACACAUUAGAAUGCCAGUUUAUGUUGGAAUAGAAGAUAACCCUUUCCAGUAAUCAGAAUUUUCAGGUUGAAAAUCCAGUGCACUCUUUCCUGUAUGCAAGAACUUGGGAAGUUGUGUGGUAAUCGUGGAACAAAGAAAGUGAACUUGGAAAGUCCUGAAUUAUAUAUCAUCAUCAAAAUUAUGGUAGAAGCUUAAGAAUUACCCCUUCUCUCUAUAAAGAAUACUUUUUCAAGGGGCUUGGAUACUUAAAUCAACUAGUUAUAUCCUUUUCCUUGGAACAAAGCACGUCUAGAUGUUAACUUUUUCCAUUAAACUGAGGCUAAAAGAAGUUAAACAAGUUUAAGAGGUCAACACUAUAAUGGACCACACAUCCCCGACCUACAUGCUUGCUAACUUAACCCACUUACAUUCUGAACAACUUCUACAGGGCUUGAAUCUUCUUCGUCAACAUCACGAACUCUGUGACAUCAUUCUUCGAGUAGGUGAUGUUAAAAUCCAUGCUCACAAAGUGGUACUUGCCAGCAUCAGCCCAUAUUUCAAAGCUAUGUUUACUGGAAACCUUUCUGAAAAAGAGAACAGUGAGGUUGAGUUUCAGUGCAUUGAUGAAACUGCUCUCCAGGCCAUUGUGGAAUAUGCCUAUACAGGGACUGUUUUUAUUUCACAGGACACAGUUGAAUCUCUCCUUCCAGCAGCAAACCUACUCCAGAUAAAACUUGUCCUGAAAGAAUGUUGUGCAUUUCUUGAAAGCCAACUUGAUCCUGGUAAUUGUAUUGGAAUUUCUCGCUUUGCAGAGACAUAUGGUUGUCAUGACCUUUAUUUGGCAGCCACUAAAUACAUAUGCCAGAAUUUUGAAGCAGUUUGCCAGACUGAAGAGUUUUUUGAGCUUACGCAUGCUGAUUUGGAUGAAAUUGUUUCCAAUGACUGUUUGAAUGUAGCUACUGAAGAGACUGUUUUUUAUGCACUUGAGUCUUGGAUCAAGUAUGACGUCCAAGAACGCCAGAAAUACUUAGCACAGCUACUUAACAGUGUACGAUUACCAUUGCUGAGUGUUAAGUUUCUCACUAGAUUAUAUGAAGCAAAUCAUCUUAUUCGUGACGAUCGCACUUGUAAACAUCUUUUGAAUGAAGCUCUGAAGUACCACUUUAUGCCUGAACACAGACUGUCUCAUCAGACAGUCUUGAUGACACGACCUCGCUGUGCUCCCAAAGUACUUUGUGCAGUAGGAGGAAAAUCUGGACUGUUUGCCUGUUUGGAUAGUGUGGAGAUGUACUUUCCUCAGAAUGACUCUUGGAUUGGUUUGGCACCCCUAAACAUUCCUCGCUAUGAAUUUGGAAUAUGCGUUUUAGACCAAAAAGUGUAUGUUAUAGGUGGUAUUGAAACUAACGUGCGUCCUGGCAUCACUAUCAGAAAACAUGAAAAUUCAGUCGAAUGCUGGAAUCCUGAUACAAAUACCUGGACUUCUCUUGAGAGAAUGAAUGAGAGCCGAAGUACCCUUGGAGUAGUGGUACUUGCAGGAGAACUUUAUGCUUUAGGUGGUUAUGAUGGACAGUCUUAUUUACAAUCAGUAGAGAAGUAUAUUCCCAAAGUAAGAAAGUGGCAACCUGUGGCACCAAUGACUACAACAAGAAGUUGUUUUGCCGCAGCUGUGUUGGAUGGAAUGAUAUAUGCCAUUGGUGGGUAUGGUCCUGCCCACAUGAACAGUGUGGAGCGUUAUGAUCCAAGUAAGGACUCCUGGGAGAUGGUUGCAUCUAUGGCAGAUAAAAGGAUUCACUUUGGUGUGGGUGUCAUGCUAGGCUUUAUUUUUGUGGUGGGUGGACAUAAUGGUGUUUCACAUUUGUCAAGCAUUGAAAGAUAUGACCCUCAUCAAAAUCAGUGGACUGUGUGUAGACCAAUGAAAGAACCCAGAACAGGAGUUGGUGCUGCAGUAAUUGAUAACUACCUUUAUGUAGUGGGUGGUCACUCAGGGUCUUCCUAUCUGAAUACCGUGCAGAAAUAUGACCCUAUCUCAGAUACAUGGCUGGAUUCAGCUGGCAUGAUAUACUGUCGCUGCAAUUUUGGAUUAACUGCACUUUGACAAGUGUGGACUUGUGGAAAUAGCGUAGUGAUGAACCUUGUGCUGCAUGAAAGGAUGCCCAGUUUUCUGAAGCCCAAAAGCUACAUUGCUUCCUUUUUAACUUGAAAUGGCAUGAAGACUCAUAGUUUUGUUGGGUACUUUGAACUGACAAGUAGCUUUGGUUGCUCUUGAUUAUACAGUGAAUCGAUAAUCCAAGAAAAAAAAAAAAAAGGAAAGAUCUUGCCAAUUGAAUUGUGCACUUUUUUUCCCUAAUACUGGGAUAGAAUAGUUUUAUGUUCAUAAGUGUACAUGUGGAGAAAACCUUGCUGCUUUUUAAAAAAAAAUUAGCUUUCUUCCCCCUCCUUGUUCUGCACCGUUUUUUACCGGGAUGAGAGAUACUUAGAUGCUGGAGUAUACUGAGUGACUAGACAGAGUGCUGAUACUAUCUGUUGGAUAUAAAUUCAUAUGCUUCACAUUUUAAACAAAGGGCUGCUUUUUUUUUUUCUGGUACUUUUAAGAGUUGUAAAUUACAUGCCAUACUGAGUCACCUGGAUAUUCUUACUGCUAAAUGGCUUUAGGGCUGGGGAUGUAAUAAGUUUGCAAGAUAAAUGCAUUUACUGUCAUGAUUUCGGGUCCUAUUUUAAGCAAUCAGAUACUUACUGUGUAUGCCUUUUUUAUAUGGGCAGGUUAAUGCUGGAUGAAUUUAGUUACCCAUCUAUGGUAUGCUAAGCAUGGAUAGAAAGAGUUAAGCAUAUCAGUUUCAAUUUUUUUUUAGUAGUCCAGCAGGCUUCCCAGUGUUGAUGUAAAUAUUUGACAAAUGUUUAGUACCACUCUUAGUGCACAUUGAGUUUUUUCAUAUAUGCUUACAAUAAUUUUAGUUUUUUUAAGACUUUUGUUUGCUUUUUCAAAGUAUUCAGAUAUAAAAAUGGUGCUAACUGUAGGAUCUGUAACAAGGCUAUACCAAUGUUCUUUUGGAUGUUAAAUAUGAGAUAUGCAUGACAUGUUUUGAUAGUAUUUUUCAUUUUUACCAGCUUGGUUCAUUUGUGCUUAUUAAAAAUGUUAGUGUUUAUACUAAUAUUUACAUCCAAAAAAACAUUCAGAUGGCCUAUUAUGCUUUUCAUGGUUCCUGAAUAGUGAUUUAAAGAAAGAUACAUUUUAUCUUCUUUCUUCUUGUGCUAGAUGUUAUAUGCCCUUCUUAAAAACAGAAAUAUAUGCAUUAAAUAUAAAGCACUAGGCAGUUAAGCAUUAUUUUGUACAUUUCUUAGGUAACUGAAUAUUUUAAAGUUAUUGAGGAAAACUGGAACUUGAUGUUUACUUGAGUAAUGGUUCUAAAUUCAGUUCCACUUUGACUAAAGAAACGAUCUUUUAAAGCAAAAUUGUUUGCUUUACCCAGGUGACAGCUUAUUUAAAAGAACUGGUUAAUUCAUUUUGUUUUGCAUGUUUUAGUAAAUGUCUCUUAAUCUUGAAUACAUUACUUUGCAUUUUAUUAGGAUGUUGGUACUUGUAUUUUUGGUACUGUAGUCAUUUUGUUUUCCUUCCCUUGAUUUUUUCUUUCUCUUUUCUUUUUUUUUAACUUCCCACUAUCUCUUUAUAGUCUCUAGAAAACUAUAUUUGUUUCCUAAGAAAAAGUUCAUAUUGCAUUCUUAAGUGCCAUAAUGUUCAGAACUAUUGUUAAGAAGCCAUUUGUAAUUAUAAAACAUAGGUUCAUUUCUUAGCAUAUAUGUUAUAUCUUGAAAACUAUUUAUAGCCAGGCAAUUUUCAGUUUUCCUUGUUCUUCCAUAAACUGCCAGUUGUAGACUUAAGUAUAUACUGCAAAACUGUGUGAACUCAUCUUUAAUCAUAUAAGUAGUUUCAUGCUUUAUAAAUAUUUGCACAGAUUAUAAAACCUUGCAAGUGAUUUUUAGUCUCUUUCUAAUUAAGAACUCAACAGGAGCUACUAAUAAUAUUGACAGUCUGAAUAUUUUCUAUGUUGCUUGUUUGAAUAACUUAAUGAUAUAUAGCAAUAACUUUAUAAUUGAUUUGAAUAAAUCUGUUGAAUAGAAACAAGGUGCACUAUUGUGAUUGGCCUAGACUUUAUUUAAAGAAAGCAAUUUAAAAUAGAUUCCAUCACAUACUUAAUUUUAAAUCCCCAUCUCAAUUUUCUUUCUGUUUAUAUCAAUCAGAAAGAAUUGUUAUUCUUGAUAACAUUAACAAUGUUAAUUAUUAAAUACAUCCUAUUACACUGUUUUUAAGCCCCUCUCCCCAGAAGAUAAGGGAAUUUGAAAGACUAUAGAAAUUUAUUUUAAUUGUAAACAGAUCUAUACUAUACAUUUUAUUUUCACAAUGUUUUCCUCACAUAUCAUCCCCACUAUCAAAUUAGUAUAAAAUAUAUAAUCGUUUGGUAAAUUAGACCAAAGACAUAAGUUGAUCAUUGUUUUGGAAGAAUCCAAAUUUCAUCUCAGUGAAGACUAAAUAUGAAACAUUUUGGGCAG